AUGGGCUCCCAGCCAGAGAUGAAAAACAACCACGAGGACGUCCCAAACGAAGCCGGCAAGGACCCUUCCCAGCCAGCUCCUCCUUCUUCUCAAGAUGAGGCACAAGUGGAAGUUCAACAACUCUCCCAGAAGUUGGAAGAGCUCUCUUCUCAAGAAAAAGCGGAAGACGACGUCGAAUCGACGCGGACUGCUGAUGAGAAUUCCGCCAGAGAAGUCGGUAGGAACGACAAUGUUGCAUCUCUGGUCGAUAUGGGCGAUGGAACUGCAGUUUGCCUGGAUUGCUUUAGUACCGGGACCCUCCCCUGUGAUUACGAUCUUCCUCCCCAACUCCGCCCUCUUAUAGAAAUGGCUGCCGAAGACAGAAAGAAAGACUUUGAGCUUUACCAAGAGGAGGUUGAGAAAAGACUUGAGGGAGGCGAAAUCAACGAAGAACUUCCGGUCGAUCUCCGGGAACUGGUUGAAACAGCGGUCGAGGAUAUCCGUCGUGACGCCGCGCGAAAGCAAGUUUCUGCCAAGAAGGAUGCACAGAAAUGA